UCCUUUUAGUGAACAUAGCGCAAACAAAUCAAACGGUUGCUGCUAUUGCGCGUGCGGAAAUAAACGGUUGUUUUUGUUUUUAAAUGUUGAGCACAGAACGACUUGAGGCAAGUUGAGGUUACUUCGCGCCCAUUCGCGCCUACAUCUUUGAUUAAAAGAUUGAGUGCACGGAUUUAUAAAAUAAUUGCAAGUGAGAAUUGCUGAUAAUAGAUAUUGACACAGUCGCAAAAUGUCCAACAUAUUUAAUUUGUUGGGCGGAUUCGCCGAGUCUGAUGGAGGUCAAAUAAAACCUAUUGCACGAUCUAAAACAUCUCAUGAGAUUAGAUUAAAUUCCGUUAAGACAAUGGGAGGCACAAAACCAAAGGGACUAUCAAUAAGAUCUAACUCUGAUAUGAAUAUAUCUAGUAUACAUUCAAUCAAGAAAAAUGUUCAUGAUAAAGAACAGGAUAGUUCAAAGUUGAAAGUAACGCAAAUUGAUAGCAGUGGACGUCCAAUAUCUCCAGGAAAAGAAACACCAGCAAAGAAGCUGAUUGCACAGUCAUCUAAAUUUAAAGAGUCUGUUCUAAAGGAUACGACUAAUAAAUGUACAAAAAAGGAAUUAAAUGAUGGUAUUUUUAAGAAGCCAUUGCCUCCUAAGAAUAUCAAAAAGCUUCCUAUACCAGAAAAAUUGUUACAUUGGCAUGACGAUCAGCAUGAUUUUGAUUAUGGAUACAUUGAGACUGUAGAAAAAGAAUUUAAAGAUCUGCUCUCUAAAGAGAAAGAAAACAUAAAGCCUUGCGAAGAGAAUGUGAUUGUAUCAGCUUCAAAAACCUUGCUCUUGCCAGAAGUCCCAAAACUUAUUUUCGAUGAAACUCUCGAUGAAGAUUACAAGAAUUUUUUGCCUCUCGCCUUACCUAAAGUAUCUGAUAUAUCUGACGAUGAAAAUUUGUAGUGAUAAUUAUCAUAAGAAUUGUUUUAAUACUGUUUCAUAUAAUUCUUUUUAUAAGAGUGAAUAUUUUAAGAGAUUACUAGUAGUAUAAUAAUUUAUUUUUCUGUAAUUGAUAUGUAUUUUUAUAUUAACAAAUAUCGUUAGAACAUUAAUAAUUUAAACAUUCAAUUACUCUAGAUUUAAAGAAGAGAUUCGAUAUAAAUAUAGUUUAUAUUACGUUUUACAUUUCUGUAACAAAAGCAACAUACAAGUAUGUGUUUUUUGAAACUUA